UGGAAGGACAGCGUUCCAGCAUCACGGACCUGAAGCAUCUAGACUUCUAGACCUGAAACCUGUAGAUCUAUAGACCUGAAGCUGCUAGACUCGAAGCCUCCAGACCUCUGGACCUGAAGCCUCUAGAUCUAUAGACCUGAAGCCUCUAAACCUGCUGUUAUGAACAGGCUGAACCUCUUCGUGAUGCUCGUAGCUGUUAGCGCCCCGGUAGCUGCAAGCUUGCCGUUAGCUGCCUUCGCCUCCAGGUCUGGAAGUCUGGACACCAACGACGGAGACUGGAACCACGGACUUCAGGAGGACUUGGAUCUACUGUAUGACCUGACCAGGUCUACCAGGCAUGCAGACGGCCUGUUCACCAGUGGCUACAGCAAGCUGCUGGGUCAGCUGUCAGCUAAAGACUACCUGGAGUCUCUGAUCUCCAAACGAGUCAACGGUGAUGUGAUGGAGGGUCAGCUGCCGGUGAAGCGCCACUCUGAUGCCGUCUUCACUGAUAACUACAGCCGCUUCCGCAAGCAGAUGGCCGCCAAGAAAUACCUCAACUCUGUCCUCGCAGGGAAGAGGAGUGUGGAUGAUAUUGGCCGGACAGAACUGUCGAUCAGGACUGACUCCGCCCCCUCACAUCAAGGCUCAGAUCUCUCUUUGGAAGACGUUCUUAGUCAGCUGACAAUGAACCUCUGAUGAUCAUCCUCCCUUCCAGAACCUUCUGAACUCCUUCUGUAUCGUCUUCAUGUGCUCCACUCAUCACAACCUCAGCAGACUCUAGCUCAUCCGACGGAGCAAAUGGCUGUUCUCCACCUAGCUCACCACCCGAUGGAGCAGACAGCUGUUCUCCACCUAGCUCCACACCCGAUGGAGCAGACAGCUGUUCUCCACCUAGCUCCACACCCGAUGGAGCAGACAGCUGUUCUCCACCUAGCUCCACACCCGAUGGAGCAGACAGCUGUUCUCCACCUAGCUCCACACCCGAUGGAGCAGACAGCUGUUCUCCACCUAGCUCCACACCCGAUGGAGCAGACAGCUGUUCUCCACCUAGCUCACCAGCUAAUGGAGCAGACAGCUGUUCUCCACCUAGCUCCACACCCGAUGGAGCAGACAGCUGUUCUCCACCUAGCUCCACACCUGAUGAAGCAGAUGGCUCUGC